UGCAGAAGUUGGAUGCCACGUAGUUGCCAAUCCUGUUGCACACAUUUUGGCCACCGCUAUUUUUUCGAGGAUGAUUUAAAUUUCCCUUUUUUCAUAAAAUGUUGUGAACACGAGAACUGUAGUUUAGCAAAAUGACGGUUUUCUCAAUUUGUUCGAUACUGCUCUCGUUGUUUGCGCUUGUCACGGGGGGGAAACUGCCUGAGCCAGAAGUCAAAAUUGAAGUUAUACAAAAACCCUUUAUGUGUUACCGUAAGUCAAAAUAUGGAGACAUGCUUCUUGUACAUUACGAGGGAUACUUGGAGAAUGGGACCAUGUUUCAUUCCAGCCGUGUACAGGGGGAUAAAAAUCCAGUAUGGUUCACCCUUGGGAUCCGAGAGGUGCUGAAGGGCUGGGAUAAGGGUCUGCAGAACAUGUGCACAGGAGAGCACAGGAAACUGACUGUCCCUUCAUCUCUUGCAUAUGGCAAGGAAGGAAAAGGCCAGAUCCCUCCAGGCAGUACCCUCAUUUUUGACAUUGAGCUUAUGGAGAUCCGAAAUGGUCCCAGGUCACAUGAGUCUUUCCAGGAGAUGGAUCUCAAUGAUGACUGGAAGCUCUCCAGACAGGAGGUGAAAGAGUACCUGAAGAAGGAGUUUCAGAAACAUGGAUACUCACCUAACGACACACAUCAUGAAGCAAUGGUAGAUGACAUCUUCAAAAAUGAGGAUGAGGAUAAAGAUGGUUUCAUAUCAUCUAGGGAAUUCACCUACCAACAUGAUGAACUUUAACAGGUUUUAACCAGGGGUUGUUUUUUUUCUUAACUACCUAUAGUAUUUGUACUACCAUUCAUUUCUUACAAAACAGUGAACAACAUUGACAUGUGAAUUAGUUACUGGUCACUGGUCUUACAUGAAUCUCUCCACAGAGCUUGUUUUCUAAACUGCCUUUUGAACAACUUUGUCUUAAUUGUGAUUUAACUUGAAUAAAUUACUUUUGUUUUGUGAGAACCGUAAUAUAUUCAUGUCUCCAUUAUACAUGCACUGAUAGUAUCACCACAGAUGUAUUUAGACUACAGUAUUGGAAUAUUUGGUCAAUUGAUUUCAUGAAAUAAAUGUUAGGGUUUUUUUUAAAACAAGCAUAACUUAUUGAUGUUGAUUUUUUUUUUCUGUGCAUGUCUUCAUUAAUCACUAGAGGGCACUCCUAUCCUUGAUAUUUGUCUAAUACCUAGGCUGGCCCUCUACCUCCGUCUUUCUGUUUCCACUGGCAUCUCAAACCCUUAAAAUGAGAACACUGAAUUUUUUUGGAAUCAUGAGGAAGUUGCAAUACAGUAUGAUAAUAGCGGUUCAAUCAUUUGCAAUGAUGACUUUUAAAAUAUGAAUAUCAAAAUAUGCAUAUUGAUUGAAUUACAUCACAUCUCUAUCUCCCUUCUCUCCCCCGCUCCCUCUUUCUCACUCAAACCAAUUGGUCAAAGCAGAUGGCCGCCCACCUAGAGCCCAGUACUGAUUGAGGUUUCUUCCUGUUAUAGGGGAGUUUUUUCUUACUGCUGUCACUAAGUGCUUGUUCAUUGGGGAAUGUUGACUCUAUGAAAAGAGUACUGUCUAGACCUGCUCUAUGAGAAAAAUGCCCUGAGAUAACUUCUGUUGUAAUUUGACACUAUAUAAAUAAAAUUGCCUUGACUUGACAU